AUGUGUUAUCUCACUUUACUGGUGCUCGUGGUGACUUGGGUAACUCAAUGUCGUGCGGAAAUCAGUUUUACGAUUUUUGAGGAGCUUCCGAUCGGGGAUAUGGUCGGAAACAUAGCACUUGCUGGGAAAUUCAAUGAAAAUCGAACAACUGAGGAAUUCAGCGCUUUGGAAUUUUCGUUUUUGGAAACUAAUCAAAAUACAAAUUAUUUCGACCUGAACAUACAAACUGGAAUUUUGAGAGUGAAGAAACGAAUUGAUCGCGAUGCCAUCUGUUCACUUGUAUGUGAUCUCACCUUUGAAGUGGCUAUUCGAUCGAGUAUGUCACAGGAAAUUUUCUUCCCCACGGUAACCGUAGUUGUAGAAGAUACUAAUGACAAUGUCCCAGUGUUUGAACAUACCAACUGGAAGCUAGAGAUUCCAGAAAAUGCAGCUCCAAAUUCUGUGUAUGAUAUUAUACCAGCCACUGAUAAUGACACGAGUCUACAAUUCUCAAUCAAGCAAUACACCUUGUCUCCAGUCUCCUCCCUGUUCACUUUAAACGUGACAAAAAAAUUAGAUGGAAAUUUUCUGGUACAGUUAAUUGUGAGGCAGGCACUUGAUCGAGAGUUACAAUCAUUCUAUCAGAUCUAUGUAACGGCACAAGACGGGGGACCAAACCCCAAUAGUGGCCAAAUGUUGGUGAAUAUUUCGGUAACAGAUAUGAAUGAUAAUCCCCCGAUAUUCAGCGAGUCUGUGUACAAUGUCACUGUCAAAGAGGACACUCUCCCAAACACUUCUGUCCAACGGGUCAGUGCUACUGACAAGGAUGCAGGGGAUAACGGACGUGUGACCUACAGGAUAAUUCCGACAACGGACACAAAUAUUCAGGACUUGUUUCGUGUUGACCAGACUACUGGAGAUCUGUACAUUCUUACCCAGCUAACUUACAAACCAGGGGAAAGUUACACCAUGAUCAUCGAGGCGUCAGAUCACGGCGAUACCCAGAAAGUCACACAGGCUAGAGUAAAUGUUUAUGUGGAAGAUUCUGGCAACAAUCCACCUGUAGUUCGGAUCAACAUUUUGUCAGGAUCUGGAAAUGUUGUGUCAAUACCAGAAUCUGCUAAUAUUGGUGCAUUUGUGGCACAUGUUAGCGUUGAAGAUUCAGAUCAAGGAGAGAAUGGACGUGUUGAUUGUAUUGUCUCUAGUGUAUUCUUUAAAACAGAGAGUAUUCCGCCAGGAAAAGGGUUUAAAAUCUUGCUCAACCAGGAGCUUGAUAGGGAGACUGAAGUCUACCACAGCGUCACAGUUACAUGUCAUGAUUUUGGUUCUCCGGUAAUGAAUGUGUCCGCUAACUUUACAGUAUCUGUUACGGAUGACAACGACAAUGAUCCCAUCUUCAUCAAAAACCCUUACACAGCCACAAUUGUUGAAAAUAACCAGGUCGGUGACAAGAUUGUUCAGGUAUCGGCGCACGACAUUGACGAGGGUGUUAAUUCCCAAGUCCACUACUAUCUACACAGUGACGCCGGGUCAAACUUCGCAAUUCAGUCAGAGUCUGGAGUUAUCACGGCCACAAACUCCUUUAAUCGUGAACAAAACGUUGAUUUCAAGUUCAAGGUGUUAGCUGUGGAUCGUGGUGAUCCACCACGUACAGGAACAGCUUCUGUGUAUGUUGUUGUGGAAGAUGAAAACGACAACAAACCUGUGUUUAAUCAAACAAUUUUCGCUUUCGAUAUUUCGGAAAACCAAGACUCGGAUUCAUUUGUGGGGAAAGUGGGGGCAGUUGACCUUGACAAGGGAGAUAACUCACGGAUUACAUACUUCAUCUCUCCUCAGGAUGAGUUGUUGGUGCCGUUUAUUGUUUAUCCAAAUGGAGAUAUAAAAACGAGUCAGCAGCUGGACCGGGAGUUGCAAAGUCAGUAUAACUUUGUAGUGCAUGCGAUAGAUCACGGGGAGCAGCCCCUUAAUAGUACAGCCUAUGUUACUGUGUAUGUGAUGGACACAAACGACAACGACCCUGUGAUCAUCUACCCCAAUAAAACCAAUCAUACGAUAUGGUCCAAGUCUGGGACCUCACUCCCACUCACCACAAUUCAGGCCUAUGAUGUUGACGAGGGUUCUAACAAACAGCUGACAUAUUACAUACAUGAGGGCAAUGAUGAUGAUAUGUUUCUCUUACAUCCAGAAUCAGGGGAGCUGUUUCUGAACAGGAACUACCCCAUCAGUAAAGAUAAAUCUGUGAAUUUGGUGAUAUGUGUGAAGGAUGCCGGUAACCCAGUUAGAGCAAAGUGUGCCCAACUUACUGCAGUUAUUACCGUUAACAAUGCCACAAAUGCCAGCGCCCAACAAGAGUCUACCAGUUACAUCACAAUAUCAAUUGUUGUUGUCAUAGUAACGGUUUUAGUGUCAACUGCUAUCAUUCUGACCAUUUUCUUUUUGAAAAAGUUUGAUGGAAAUCGUCGAAAGCAGAAUGGUCCUCUUGGUGUUCCAAUGCCAAAUAGUUAUUCAGCAUCUCCAGCAUCAUCUCAACAUGAUGUUAACUUUGAUGCAGAAUUCACUGAAAGAAAGAAAGAGGUGAAAUUUUCUCCAAGUACUAGCUUCAAAGACGGCAACAAUAAAGGCAUGAAUAUGCAGUAUCCGAUAACUACAGAUACCAAGGCGGGUAUGUACCUCUACGACACUGUACAAGCUCCAGAAAAUAACCGCAAAAAUACAGAACAAACUGCACAACUUAACGCCCUGCAUCUCCAACAAUUGUUGUUUAAAAGCCAUCAGCAGGACCAAGAAGAGCCAAGUGCUCCACCAAGGGUAGCUCAUCCUAGUGACAGCAACAGCGAUACUUCAGGGGAGACAAUUCCCAGCGACAGUGGGAGAGGCGGAAGUGAAGAUGAAGUGCCUAGUAGCAGUCAUGCUGGAGAUGACUCAAGAUCUUUUGAUUGCGGAUCUUACAAUUCUCAUAUUGGGACAUUCCAUUCUCCUCCAAACAUUCCGCCGCGAAAACAGAAGAUUCCUCCAGAGAUACAGACAAAGAUUUCAAAUAACAGGCCCUACCCAUCACAAACAUUCAUGGGACCACAUCGGCCAUAUUCCAUUAGUACAGAGCACUUAAAUGAGAAAAAAUUAGUGUCUAAUUCAGUGCAAAAGGGGCAAAAAAAUGGACCCUAUGUGCGGUCAGCACCAAGUCAUUCUAGUUUUUCAUCACCUCAUACACAAUCUUACCUUGACAGUAAAGCAAAGCCAUCAAAUUUUAACACAUGGAACUACCUACAACCAAAUAAUUCUGGCAAUUAUUCAAACAUUUCAAAAGACAGAGACUAUUUUAACCUUCGACCAGAGAGCAUAAGUACAUGUCGUUCGAGGGAUGAUGACGAUGACGCAGCGACGACUACGUCGGGGAGUUAUACGAUUAAUCCUGAAGAGCUCGAGGAUGAUUUGUAUCGACCACAUCAAGAUAUGGUUGUGUAG